AAUACGGUCGUUGCAUACUCUAUUUUCUUUAAAAGUAACCGGAAACCUUUUCAACCCCAAUCCACCUGAAAUAACCCUAACCACAAGCCCAUGGAGAGACAAAAUCUUUGCGGGGCCGGUUACGGUACCGACACAAACUAAUCCAACAAUUCAUCUUUUGUCCUCGCCAGGUCAUUAACCAUACACAAUUCUCGGCCUGCCUGGACCAAAUAUGCCGGACUCAUCAAUACGCUACGCAGAUGUAAAUUAGCCCCCCGCAACCCCUAGACACGCAUAAUACUGAAGCCAUCUAGGUCGCUGUCACGUUCACAGCAGACCAAUUUCGGGGCAUCUAUCGUGGCAAGGCUUACCAUGAGCCUGAUUUCUCAGAGGUCAUACAGCGCGCAAAGGAAUAUGGCUGCGAAAAGAUCAUGCUCACAACAAUGUCUCUCCCACUUGGGUACGAUAACCUGAAACUCGUCCGCCAAUUCCCAGAGACAUGCACCAUGACACUCGGCGUGCACCCUUAUCAUGCGGCUGAGAUAUACGCUUCACGCGAAUCCCCAGAUACCGGGGAUGCUGGUGGUAACAUCAACGAUGGCAGCAACUAUCUAGACGAACUCCGCAGCUUCGCCAAAACACUCCUCGCGGAGCAAAACGCUGAAUCAGGGUCACCGCUUGUCGCCUUUGGCGAGAUAGGCCUGGAUUAUGAAUACCUCACCCGCUCAGACAAGGCCACCCAGCAGCGCGCAUUCCGCGAGCAACUAGCCCUCGCAGUUGAACUCCAGCUGCCCCUGUUCUUACACGUGCGGGACUCCUGCGCCGACUUCAUUUCCAUCAUCGAACCAUUCCUUGCGGACCUUCCCCGCCGAGGCCUUGUUCACUCCUUUGCUGGAACAAAGGAAGAGAUGCUCCAGCUCACUGGCCUUGGAUUCGAUAUCAGCGUAAAUGGCGUCUGUUUCCGUACGGACGAGCAGCUGGAGAUGGUCAGGUGUAUUCCACUGGAGAAGUUGCAGCUCGAGACCGAUGCGCCGUGGUGUGAGGUCCUGGAAGCGGAUGAGAGGAUCAAGCCGUAUUUGGAGGGUGCGAAGCCGCUACCAGGUAGCAGAAAGCAUGGGAAGUUCCGGGUUGGAGAUAUGGUGAAGGGGAGGAAUGAGAGCUGUACAAUCGGCAGGGUGGCUAUGGUAGUGGCGGGAGUAAAGGGAAUUAAUGUUGAGGAGGUUGCAAGAGUAGCAUGGGAGAAUAGUACAAGUAUGUUUGGAUUGGGUACGAGGUAGGUAUUGAGGUGGCUCGAUAGAUAUAGAAUGAUUUUAGAGACAUUAAAUUUUCUUUUCACACAACCCAUGCUAUUCAAAAAUUGUAAAUAAAGACGGUGAAUGAGACGCCUGCAAUCUGAUACCGUGAGACCUCAGUAAGCGUCCGAUCGGCGAACUGUUACUCUUAGCACAAAAGCAACAGUGAAGUAGCCUCCAUUGACAAAAUUUCUUCUUGGUGAAUAGACGGUUGUUCAGCGAUUGACAUAACCCCGGCUCCUGAGCGUCAAGGCCGUGCUACCACUGACAGUUGAGUACCAAGUAUGACUCGAUGAGAG